AUGGCUAGAACUAAACAGACAGCCACCAGACGGCGUCGAAGACACGGUCCAUUGGAAGUGUCGUCUAAUGAAAUAACCCCAGUUGAGGGGGCACAGAUGAAUGAAGAUUCAGGAGAAUACUCCCAGUCUGGGAUCCCUAGGACCCCUAACGAUACGAUUUUAGAUGAAGUUGAGGGUAGAGACGAUGAGGAAGCCGUCUCCCAAAUGGAACUUGAUAAGGCUAGCCCCGAAGACAAAGACGGGGAAGAGACUACGUCGGGCACGGGGUCAGCCGGCGAAGAGGUCUCCCAAGAAGGAGACGGGGAGAGCACCGCCUCAGGGUCUAGCACUAAGGAUGACGGAAUCAUGAGUGACGAGGAGGUUCCACAGGUUCCAAGGGGAUUAACCUUAGAACAGGCUCAAAAUCUUAGAAGAGAUAGGCGAAUUGACGAGUUGGCAGCAAGGAUGGAUGAGUUAUUAAAAAGGCUUCAUACUUGUGCUGGAGAUUCUUCAGGGAAAGGGAAUUUUAACUCUAGUUCUGGUUCAAGUGAGGGAGAACAACCAAGGAGGAACCCAAGGAGGCCACGAAAUAAUUAUUCCUCAAGUGAUGAAUCACCAAGGCCUAGGAGAAGAGAUCGACCAAAGGAUGAUGAUAGGAACCUUAGAUUAGAUCUUCCCGAAUUCAAUGGGAGUAUGAAUGAACCUGAAAAAUACUUUGAGUGGAUUAGAAGGGCCGAGACACUCUUUGAUUACAAGGAGUAUGAUGAAAGGAAAAGAUGCAAAUUGGCUAAAUUAAAACUGACCGGUUAUGCUAGUCUUUGGUAUGAUAAUCUAAAGAAAAAGAGUCAUAAGGAGGGGCGUGCAAGAAUCUCAACUUGGGAACAACUCAAGAAGCACAUGAAAAAAAGGUUCGUACCUAGUGAUUAUAUUCAAGAUGUUUAUCUUAAGAUGCAACUUUUUAAACAAAAUUCUAUGACUGUUGAGAAUUAUAUUGGUGAAUUUGAAAAGUUAUGCAUGCUAUGUGGCUUAGAAGAGAUUGUUGAGCAUAAGAUUGCUAGAUUUAUUUCGGGGUUGAAUGAUAAUAUUGCUGAAAAAGUUGAAUUGCAACAAUAUUGGUCCUUUGAGGAUGUUUGCAAGGUAGCUUUGAAAGUUGAAAAACAGAUAAAGGGGAAGAAAGGGACGUACACUAAGCCUUUUGUAAAAGGUUUCACUAAACCUUUUGAGAAGAACAGCUUGGAGAAAAGUGGUUCUAGUUCGAACUACAAGGAGACUAAAUCAAAAUUUGAAGCUCCUAAAAAGCUUGUUGAAGAUAGGAAGUGCUUCAAGUGUGGUAGUGUUGGUCACAUUGCAACUAAUUGUCCAUCAAAAAGAGUAAUGACUGCUCAAGAGUGGGAACAAGAACAAGAACAAGCUAAGUGUGAGCAAGGUAGUGACUAUGAAGAAAAGAACGAAGAGGAAAACUUUGAAGAAGAGGAGGGGCAUAUUGACGAAAUUGAUCCCGAGACUCAUGGUCAAAGUUUGGUUCUAAGAAGGGCACUACAUUCUAAAACCGUACCUAUGGAAAACAAUCAAAGGGAGAAAAUAUUUCUUACAAGGUGCAAGGUAGAAGAUAGGUUGUGUGACAUGAUCAUAGACACGGGGAGUUGCACUAAUGUGGUAUCUACUACUUUGGUAGACAAAUUGAAGUGGCCAACUACUGAACAUCCAAGCCCUUAUAAGCUUCAUUGGCUUAAUAAUUUGAGUGAUGUUAAGGUAACUAAACAAGCCUUAAUCUCCUUUUCAAUUGGUAAAUUUCAUGAUAAAGUUUUGUGUGAUGUUUGUCCUAUGGAUGCUUGUCAUAUACUAUUAGGCCGUCCUUGGCAAUAUGAUAGAUUUGUGAAGUUUGACGGAAGGACUACUGUGUAUGUUGUGAGAAAAGGAGAAAAAGAGAGACCGGUUGCUUUAAAACCUUUGAUAAGCAACAAGUCUUCUAAUGUUACCUCUAAUUCGAAGAGUUCUUAUUUGAUUAGUGAGAGGGAAUUAGAAAAAGAGAUUUGCAGCAGCAAUGUGGAAUUACCUCUGGGACUACCUCCUAUUUGUGGGAUAGAGCAUCAAAUUGACUUGAUUCCGGGAGCACCAUUACCUAAUAAGGCAGCUUAUAGAAGUAAUCCGGAAGAAACAAAGGAGAUGCAAAGGCAAAUUGAAGAGCUUAUGACUAGAGGAUACGUGAGGGAAAGUAUGAGCCCUUGUGCCGUGCUUACCUUACUUGUCCCAAAGAAAGAUGGGAGUUGGCGCAUGUGUAUUGAUAGUAAGAGUGUGAAUAACAUCACUAUCAAAUACCGAUUUCCUAUUCCAAGAUUAGAUGAUCUACUUGAUGAACUACAUGGUUCAAAGUUGUUUUCUAAGAUUGAUCUUAUGAGUGGUUAUCAUCAAAUUCGAAUGAGAGAAGGAGAUAAGUGGAAAACAGCAUUCAAGACUAAGUUAGGGUUGUAUGAAUGGUUGGUGAUGCCGUUUGGACUCACUAAUGAACCUAGAACUUUCAUGAGGUUGAUGCAUGAGGUACUUAAACCUUUCCUUGGCAAGUUUGUUGUUGUUUAUUUAGAUGAUAUUCUGAUAUACUCUAAAAAUUUGCAUGAUCAUCUAAAUCAUCUAACAAGUGUGUUUGAAGUGUUAAGAGUGAAGAAACUCUAUGCUAAGCUUGAAAAAUGCUACUUCUUAGUGCCUAGUGUUACUUUUCUUGGUUAUGUUGUAUCAAAAGAUGGAGUUUCAGUUAAUCAUUCGAAAGUAGAGGCUAUUAAAACUUAG